AUGCUGAUGGACGCCUAUCGUCACCGACGCCCCGGGAUCCGCGUCGCCCAUAGGACGGAUGGCCAACUCCUCAAUCAGCGGCGGGUGCACUUCCAGUCACGUGUACGAGCAACUUCCGUCUAUGAACUUCUCUUCGCCGACGGCUGCACUAUCAACGCCACCUCGGAAGGAGACAUGCAACGGGGUGUGGGUCUCCGCCGCCGCCUGUGA